AUGGACCUGGCAGCAGAGGGCAUGACGAAUGUGCGGCAAAAGGAGAUCGAGAGGUUGGGCGCUAGGAUGAAGGACCUCGAGCUUGAACGGGACGUGGCGAUAGAGGAGAUCAGUCGACUGCAGCAGGAGGGUGAAGAGCUAAGGGAGCAAGUGCGGAAUCUGUCGAUCGCUGCCAAGUCAGCCCGGCAAGAAGUGAAGGAGGUUCAGGAGAACGAGCGGAUCAGCAACAGGAACCACAUGGAGUCAAUCAUGGAGAUCAGUCGGUUGCAGCACGCUCUCAAGGAUGCAAGCGACGGGUUCGAGAGGAACUUGCAAACUCUUCGAGCUGAGAACGACCUGGCACUUCAAGAACUUAGCGAGAACCUGAGCAGCGUCGAAGCUGCUAGCCACCGGAAAUCGUUUGAGGUUCAUAAGUUGAAGAAAGCUCUGCUUCGAAGACAGAAGGUCAUGAACUUGAGGUUUCAUCUCUUGCGUUGGAAGUUGAAGGCAGAUUUCAGAAGGAGGAAGAGACGAUACGUCUCCAUGUACAAGAUCAAAGUUUUGGAUCGUAUGAUGAAGCAGAAGGGGUUCGAAGCUUUCUGGAUUUGCUGGAAUCAAAUCCACCGAAUCAAAACAAUCUCGAAGAGGUUCUACAAACUUCGCUUUGUGGAAAUGUGGAAAUCCGCCAAUCUCGCUGCCAUGUCGUUUGCCUUCCAUCACUGGGCGAUCGAGAGGAUGUUAGUGAGGCGGGAGAAGCUGACGGCGAAAAGAAGGCAGAUGACGUGCUUUGUAAAGAUCAGAGAUCAUGCGAGGCGAUCCACAGGAAAGAACAGGAGAGAGCAGAAAGUCAUGGAGACAAUCAGGUACCUCCUGACAAGAAACUUCGAAGAGUGUUUCUUUGGUUGGAAAUGGAUUCUUGUGAAGCAGAAGAGGGUCAGAUUAUUCACAACCAGCAAGGCACGAAAGGGGUUGGUGGAGAAUUUCUCCUCAUGGAAAGCUCGUCUCCUAAUCAAGGUUCGGGCCAAGCGGAGUGCGAUGGUAUUUGCUACAAUGAAGGACAAACUGGUAGAGCAGAAGGUGUUGAAGAGAUGGGUAGCCUUGUGUCUUUCGAGGAAGAUCUUCAAAGUCUUGCAGAGAGGAGUGAAGUCGAGAUUGAAAGCGCUGUCAUCCGGCAUCAUCAACUUCUUUCCUCUAUGGCGAGACGCCGUGAGGAUGAGGAAAGAUCUCCUGAAAAGAAGCGUGGUGGUCUCAACGGUCUUCUCCAGGAUGAGCCUCAGCUUCUGCUUCUCCACCUGGACUCAAUUCCACCAGAUGACUCAGUCACUCGAGAAGGUCAGGCAGAUCGUCCGCAAGUGGGUGAAGGGGAACAUGGCGAAGUUGUUCGACAUGUGGGUUGAGCACGUACAGGAGGCGAAGGUUUCUAACUCCCUGCACUCCCGCUCAAUCGUUUUCCUCAAGAAGUGGCUGAAUAUCACGGUGAAGAGCGCGUUUGAUGCCUGGAACAUCUCGACGGCCAACAACAUCAAGUGCAGGAGGAUCAUCUGCAAGCUGACGCAGAGAAAGACUAAGUCACAGACGAGGCAAUUCUACGAGGGGUGGAGGUUUCUCCUGCUGGUGAAAAGCAGGUUGAAGAAGUUCCAGCUCGUGCUCUCGAGCAAGCUUUCCAACUCCUCCCUGCGGUCAAACUUUGACAUGUGGAGGGCGGAGACGGUCAGCUCCAAUCAGCAGAGGAAGCGAACUUUGAGGACUAUCUUCUCCUGUACCAAGUCGAUUCUCAAGUCGCAUCUCCAUGCCUGGAUGCGGGAGACUCAUCGGUCCUCGCACGUGGACUUGAUCGAAGCCAAGAUCAAGUUCUGGCAAGAGGUGCAAGUCUACCAGAAGGUUUGGUUUGAGAUGAGGAUACACGUCAUGGGGAACCAGAGCCGAAGGCGGGAGGAGGCAAAGCGACUGAAGCAUCAUCAACUUCAACAUCAAAGCCUCGUGCAAACUUCCUUGCAUGAAUGGCUUUCUGUGAGAGCACGUCGAAGUUUCAUUGUCAAGACCAUCUCCUGCUUCUUCAACAAACUGCUGCUCUCCAAGGUUCAUCUCACUUUCAAGAUCUGGUUGAUGCGAACCUGGCAAGCCUCCUUCAUCGAGUCUCUACUCACCUCCUCCUCUCAGAGCAGAGACCAGGUGAAGCUUAGGGCAUGGUGGAAGCUCUGGUGCCGAGGCUUCAAGAGGAGGAAGCACAUCGAGGAGAUAGUCACGUCCCGGCAAGAGUCUCACUUCUCCAUCCUCCUUCGCUCCUCCAUCUCUGGUUGGCAGGCCUGGGUGGAGUCCAUCAGACUUCUCCUCAACCGCCAACUUUCUUCAGUCGUCCGCGCUGUCUUCGUCCACUGGCGCGUCUAUGCAGCUGAUCCCACUUGUUACCCCGAGAACGGCGAGUCGCUCCAUGGCAUGUCAGGCUCGAUGCCCUUGCAUGCUGCGGACCUCUACAAGGAGUUCGCUGCGGACUUGCCGCAGCUGCUCAGCUCUCCUUUCACCGAGCUGGUUCAGCAUGUCAACGAGGAAGUUUGGAAGGUGACAUGUCGGCAGGAGCAGAAGAUGAGCAUGAAGACAACGACUGACAGCCUGAACGCCUCCCACCAACCAAUCUCUCUCCUCUCAAAGUUCAACGAGUCUGCCAAAGACACGCCCAUGUUCACUUCCAGCCCUCACGUUUCAGCUCAUGAAACAAGGAUCUCCCGUGUCCCCAGCUCUGUCUCCAGGGUGAAGUCUUCUUCCAGCAACGCACCAAGGGGCUCGAGCUACUUCGUUGACCUCCAGCGGAAAUGGUCGCAACCACUCCGCAAGUUGAAGAAGUGUCUGCAAGAAGGGAAGUCCGUGAGCAUCAACAAGUUCCAUGUCAACGUUGACAACGAUAUGAUAUUAUCCUACACGCCUGUGAUCCUGCCCCCAGAGUGGCUACCGUUGGGACUGGAGGAAAUUUCUCAGACGCAUUCUGAUUCAGCAAUCUCCAUCAUCCGAGGAGCCUGCGUCCCAUUCAUCUCCUGCGUGCUGCUGGCUUCGUCGUCCUCAUACUCAGAGUUUCAGAGAUUAUGCGCCAAGAGAGGUAUCCCCGCCAUCUCCAUGGAGAGUUGUGUUGCCCUCCGUCAGUAUCUCGGCAACGAGGUCCACAGGUUUCACUCCUCUUGGACCCCCUCGACGAAUGGAGCCAAAGUUUGA